AUGCACGACGAUAUUUCUGACCUUUCCUCCGACCUGAGCUCGGUUCCCUCCUCGCCUAUCGCUCCCCCCGACUUCUACCCUACUCCUACGCCAUCACAAGAUCCAGAGGUCCCUGCCAAUGCCGAAGAGGAUAUGCCACCCGCGCGCAAGCGAAGGAAGGUCGAGCCAAAACCUCGAAUCACACAACACCUCGACCUUACUUCCGAUGCUUCACAAUCACGCUAUGACCAACAGAACGCCCUCGAACUUCUUCUGAAAACAUUACGAAAGCGGCGGAAAAUUGUGGUGGUUGCAGGUGCUGGUAUUUCGGUUGCUGCAGGCAUACCUGAUUUUCGUUCCUCCCACGGGCUCUUCGAAAAUUUAAAGCAUAAGCACAAGCUCAAGGCUUCUGGAAAAGGCCUCUUUGAUGCGUCGGUGUACAAAGAUGACUCGUCGACGUCGACAUUCCAUGAUAUGGUUCGCGAUCUAUCGUCAAUGGCAUCGAAAGCAAAGCCGACACUUUUCCACCAGUUGGUAGCAAGGCUCUCGUGUGAAGGUCGACUUCUUCGGUUGUACACGCAAAACAUUGAUGGCAUUGACACCUCGCUUCCACCACUUGCCACCAAAGUUCCUCUGAGCCACAAAGCACCCUGGCCUCAAACAAUACAACUCCAUGGUGGAUUGGAGAUGAUGAUGUGUCAGAAAUGCCAGCACACUUCAGGUUUCCAGCCAGAGCUGUUCCAGGGUGCAACUCCGCCUCUUUGCCCGAAAUGUAUGGAGGCCGACAGUCUACGGACACAUCACGCUGGCAAACGGAGCCACGGUAUCGGCAAGCUUCGUCCACGGAUAGUCCUCUACAACGAGCACAAUCCUGAUGAGGACGCCAUCGGCGCAGUUGUAACCUCAGAUCUGCGUACCCGACCGGACGCCAUCAUCGUUGUUGGCACCAGCAUGAAGAUUCCGGGCGUCAAGCGCAUCGUGCGAGAGAUGUGCGGAGUUGUGAGAAGCCGGCGAGAUGGGGUUUCUAUAUGGAUCAAUCGAGAUCCGGUACCUGUUGCGAAGGAAUUUGAGGACUGCUGGGAUCUGGUGGUUAAGGGCGACUCCGAUGAGGUGGCUCGGCAGAUCAACUUCAGGAAGUGGGACGACAAUUCCGAAGAGUCGUCUGCGGAAGAGUACUCGUUGAGCGAGGUAGAGCGAGUACAAGCCAGGCAAGGACCGAUCGAGGUGGUCAUCCCACGAAGCCCAUCACAGCAGAAAAAGAAACAGUCAGUCCUAGCAGGUUUAUUGACUCCUCCCACGAGUCAUGAUGAUGAGAUGAGCGAUCGUGGACAGAGUCUGAGAAUUUCAAUUCCUAUACCAGCUCGGCUUCCUAAGGUGCAGAAUCCGGCCAGUAAGGGUCGGUCGAUACACGACGUGCUCAGCAAGGAGAACAAACACAAGAAUGCUGGUCGGCCCAAAGGAUCGCUCAAUAAGAAUAAGUUCGGAAGCAGUACUUGUGUUCCCAAACAGGCCAUCCUCACGGGGAAAGUGACCAAAAAUAAUAUGCCCGGUGGUAAAGUUGGCAGGCUCAAGCACCAAGCAGACCACGCUCCGUUAUCUGUCCAACCCAACGUCAAUCCCGUUGUCAUUUUCCCCAAUCUAUCUCAAAACACAUCCUCCGAAUCAUCACCAACACCAGAUUCGGUAGAGGCAGGCAACUGGCGGAGUGCUAACACAAUUUCUCCUUCCGGGCGUCUUCCAUCCGGAAUGAAGGAUUUGUUGCAUUAG